CACUCAAAAUGAGCAAUAUCCCAUCAUUCACGAACAUAUCCUCUUGCUGUUUUUUUUUUUUUUUUUUUUGCAUCGUUGGAAGUUGACUGGUGGACGAACUCCGCGCCGCCGCCGUCCUGGAUGACGCCGCACGCACGAGGUGCAAGUGCAAACGACCGCGUCCGAGUCCGGAUCCGCCACCACCGCGCCCUCGCCGCACUACAGGCACGUGGAGCCCAUCGGCGGUGAGCCGGAGGCUGGAGCACGCGCGGCGGUGGCGGCAGCGGCUGCGCUUGCGGCGGAAGGAACGGGGUGGGGAUUCGAAUCGAAGGAGCAGCGGCGAUCUACUGUUCCCUUGUAUUAUGCCCGCAACUUUACUUCUCAAAGCCAAAGUAUAUGUUGAAGAAUGGCUUGGAGCUAACAGUACUGACACCAACUUUUGGUUAUGAUCAGAAGCGACUGGAGUGCAGUAAUGAAUCUCUAAUUGUUUGCAAUAUAAGAACCAGAUACCUCAUUCAAAUGGUUUUUCCAUGUUACAGAUUGGUAGCCAAGAACAAAGAGAAAAACACACAACAGUAAUGGGUCACGACCAUAUGUCUCGUAUAAAGAUGCAUAUGGCAGAAGGUUCUUUUGGUGACAGGAUCCGGUGCCAGCAACCUGGGUGCAAUGAGGUUGUCGAUAGAAGGGUAGUGUACUGCAAAAUUCACAGUGGAGAGUUGUCAUGCCAACAGUUCAGUUACCUCCAGAGCGGACUGGAGAGCUCAGGUUUAUCUGUGCGCCCUGUUAACGACAGCCAAUUUAAGGGAUCUGUUUCCAUUGCAGCAGUGCCAUGCACUGAGCAAGAGUUACAUGUCAAGCAUGAAGGUGGUGAUCGAGGUAAACUAAAGGAUAGUUCUGGGUACACUUUGGGUCAGGCUGCACAAUUUAUCUUCUCUGGGGCAAGCAUGCUUUGCAAGAACGAUAACUGCAGCAAGCAAGCACACGAGAACUCAAUCCACUGUAAGUUGCAUAGCGGCGGCGUUAACAAGGGCUGCAUGGCACGGGGCUGUACAAGAGGUGCGCAUGGAGGCACGCCUUUGUGCAUUGGGCACGGAGGUGGGAGGCGGUGUGUGGUCCCUGGAUGCCCAAAUGCAGCAUGUGGCCAAGGCCGUAGCGACCGCUGCGUGAGGCACGGUGGCGGCAAGAGAUGUAAAUUCGAAGGGUGCGCGAAGGGCGCGCAAGGGAACACCGAUCACUGCAUAAGGCACGGUGGGGGAAGGCGGUGCAGGUUCCAAGGAUGUACAAAGAGUGCGCAGGGACGCACAGAUUUCUGCAUCAAGCAUGGUGGGGGCAGCCGGUGCAGGUUCCAAGGGUGUGGCGCGAGCGCAAAAUGGGGAACGGAUUUGUGCUCUGUGCACAGGAAGAGCCUGUUGGGCGGUGACAAUGCCAUCCCUGAAGCUUUGGCCGCCCCUUCAGAAAAACGACGCCGGGCCAAGACGCCCCAAAGGGAAGCGAAGCCGUCCGAGGUCUUCCAAGAGAAUGUCACAACAGCAGCUACUGCUGGUAACAGCACACAGCACACGGGCUUCCUUCUCGUAGCUGCCCCUGUUGCUAACCGUGACAUACUGACCAAUGGUAUGGCAGUGACGGGGCAAGCUGCAAUAGCCCCCCAACGGAUAGUGGCACCGAUGUUCAUGAGAUCACCAACGCCAUCUGGAUCAGUGGCUGCCUCGGCACAGAGGUGGGAGGCGGGAGCAAGCAGGGGUAUGCUGGGUCUGUAGAAAGGUGGUAUAAUUUGGGAAGGCUUGGAGACACCUUGCCCAAGAUAGUUCUCUGAUUAUUGGCUUUCAGACUGAGAAACCUCUGAAACUUGACAGCCUUGUGCCGUCAACGGACUCUAGUGAUGUCCUGUGCAGCUGUGCUCUCUCAUUUGUAUUGUAAAUUGUAAUGCAAAUCUCUAGUUGUUCUUGUGUAUGUUCUCUUGUCGCCUUGUAGUAGCGUGGAAACCGGUCGGGGGACCAUCUGGAACUUUGGAUGAUAAGCAAUAAUAUUGUGGCAUGGCCUAGCUUUGCAGGUCCAGUUGGACUUUUUUAA